GGCUCCCUGCCAAGAGAGCUGUGGGCUCUCGCUCCCUGGGAGCUGGGCUCCUUCCCGCCCUCCCCGCUACCACCUGCCUCUCGCCCCAAUCCCGGGAUCACUGCCCUGACCGGGGCCCCCUGUACACCCGCGCGGGAUGGAUCGCUCGCGCCGCCCCCCCCCCGUAUUUCAAACUCAGCCCGUCCGACCGCACACCUCCUACUGGGCCGCGCCCGCCUCGCCCUUUUAAGCAGCCGAGCCCCGCACGGCUCUUUUCAGAGGGUCACUGACGUACAGUGUGGAAUUCCUGCUAAAGUGGUUAUGAUUAUACAAAGAGUGGUGUUGAACUCACGUCCUGGUAAAAAUGGUGUGCCAGUGGCAGAAAACUUCCGAAUAGAAGCGGUCCCCCUACCAGACAAAAUCACAGAUGGACAGGUACAAGCUCGAACCCUCUACCUUUCUGUGGACCCUUACAUGCGCUGCCGCAUGAAUGAAGACACAGGUUCUGAUUAUCUCCUACCCUGGCAGUUGUCUGAGGUGGCUGAUGGUGGGGGCAUUGGGGUUGUGGAGGAGAGCAAACAUGCUAACUUUGCUAAAGGAGAUAUUGUAACUUCUUUCAACUGGCCCUGGCAGACAAAGGUCAUUCUAGAUGGAAGACUCCUCCAAAAGCUAGAUCCACAACUUGUUGAUGGACACCUCUCCUACUUUCUUGGUCCAGCUGGCAUUACUGGGCUGACCUCCUUUCUAGGAAUAAAAGAGAAGGGACAUGUGACUCUGGGUGCCAAUCAGACAAUGGUUGUCAGUGGGGCUGCUGGUGCCUGUGGUUCUCUGGCUGGUCAGAUUGGCCGCCUAGAGGGCUGCUCUAGAGUGGUAGGAAUCUGUGGUACAGAUGAGAAGUGCUCCAUUUUGGUCUCAGAAAUGGGGUUUGAUGUGGCUAUCAAUUACAAGAAGGGGAAUGUGGCAGAGCAGCUGCAUGAACUCUGCCCAGCUGGCGUGGAUGUUUAUUUUGAUAAUGUUGGUGGAGACAUCAGUGAUGCAGUUAUAAAUCAGAUGAAUCAGAACAGCCAUAUCAUCCUAUGUGGACAGAUUUCCCAGUAUAAUAAAGAUGUACCUUAUCCUCCCCCACUGUCUCCUGCAGUAGAAGAAAUACGGAAAGCAAGGAAUAUCACAAGGGAGAGGUUUCUGGUAUUAAACUAUAUGGACAAACACGAAGCUAGUAUUCUACAGCUCUGUCAGUGGAUCAAAGAGGGGAAACUGAAGGUCAAAGAGACUGUGGUAAAAGGCCUGGAAAACAUUGGGGGGGCUUUCCAGUCCAUGAUGACUGGAGGCAACACUGGAAAACAGAUAGUGUUAAUUUCUGAAUAAAAAUCUUUGCCUCUUCAUGUGAGGGUGGCCUAACAGGAAAAAUAAACUUGACUCUUAUUUUGACUGCUGAA